CUAUUUCAAGCGUUGAGCUUUUAUUCAUCUUUCUGGACACAUUCGAUGAUGUCGUUCAUCUACUUAUAAGCCUACCUGAUUGUAAAAAAUAAUGCUCGAUUACUGUUUCUUACAUCUACUGUCUUCAUUAUUUAGAGCUGCCCACUUUCUUCUGAAGAUGUCAACCCAUUCUCACAGUAGGCUAUAGAAAAGCUUUUUGCAGUGACUUGAUUAUAUAGCCUAAAGCGCGCAGCGCAGAAUUACAAUCCUAAAAUAGCCGAUUCUAUUUCUCAUCUUAUAAAUAACAGUUAAAAAUCAAUAUGACUACUGCAUUAAACAGUCUAUUUGCCAUUUCCUUGAGAUGCCACUUUUACAGCUUACUCCUAUUUUUUCUUUUUACAUUGUAGGUGUGGCCUCGGAUUGAGUUCAGCUGUGUAUUAAAAACCAUGGCUCAUAGAGCGCCCAAUUAAAAGACCGUGAAAACGCGCUUCCCGUUAGAUGGAUAAGAUACAAGUCAGGAUACGUUGGCUUAGUACCUGCGGACUGAGUUAGCCUAAUAAACAAAAUGCUUAAAUUAACACUAUUUGUGACGGCUUUGAUCUGUCAGGAGUUGGGUAAUCUGUUUGCGUAUCCUGACAUUUCUGACAACGAACUUUAUUAUUUUCAAACAAGUGAACGCUUGCCAGCAAAGAAACCCGACCGUCAGCUGAAGGAGCAAUUUAGUGGGCCGAAUAUUCUGGUCACAACCGUUGCGGUAACCUGCCUUCCAGCUUACAUGGUAAUCACGGUCAAGGCGGAUCUGUUUAAUAUAGGCCUCCCUGUUAAUGCUGCGGACCUACGACUUGGAACAGAAAGCCAGCAUGGCACAUCAUGCGGCGUCAUCGCGACUUCAGCUGAUGAAUACAUAAUCGAAGCUCCUCUAACUGACUGUGGCACUCAGCACUGGGUGACAGAAGAUGCCUUGGUGUAUACCAACCUCCUCUUCUACUCACCUGAGCCUUCACUUGAUGGUCUUGUUCAAACAGAGGAUGCAGUCAUCCCUAUUAAAUGUUAUUAUGGCAGGCGAUUUAAUGUUGAUGCAAACCCAAUCCUGCCAACCUGGAUUCCCCACCAGUCCACACAGUUUGCAGUAGAAAACCUUGCCUUCUCAUUGAAGCUGAUGACAGAUGACUGGCACGAGACUCGACUCUCCAGUGUGUACUUGCUGGGAGACAUGAUGAAUAUGGAAGCAUCUGUUUAUAUGCCGCAAAAGGACUUGCUUGUGUUUAUUGAGACUUGUGUUGCCACAACAACGCCCAACACAAAUUCAGUCCCCAGAUAUAAGUUUGUAGAUGAUGGGUGUGUGUUGGAUGGGCAGCAGACUGGUUCAAAGUCCCACUUCCUGCCCAGGCCCCAGCCCAACAAGCUUCAGCUUCAGCUGCAGUCUUUCAUAUUCCCCCAAAUGUGCUGUGAGAUCUAUGUUACUUGUGUGCUAAAAGCUUAUCCCCUGAAUCAUGCAAGUGGGUCCAAGAGCAAGGCUUGCUCCUUCAUUGAUGGCAGGUGGAGAUCAGCAGAGGGAGAUGACCAGACCUGUACCAGCUGUAAUGACGUUGACCAGGAUCCCCCAUUUCAUCAGUCCCACCUGGACUUGGCCACACCUAUUUAUAAUCUCAAACAUAAUCCGACCAAGUUGCUCCCUUCACCUCAUAGAUGGGGUGUUUUGACGCCUGGCAUGCAGGCAGACUCGGCAGUGCUGAGCCCUGGCUCCGGCUCUGUCAUCAGUCAGUCUCUGCAGGAACCUACUGCUGCCUGGAGGAGCACCAUGGCCUUCCAGAAAGGGACCAAUCUGAGGACAUUGGAACAUGAGGCAAGUGUAGGCCCACUGACUGUCUUCACAUGGAAAAAUGACCUGGGAGUGUUUGUGCCCCCUGGAGUGAAGGAAGGCAUUCCUCACUUUUCUUCUGCUAGAGGCAAGAAGCCAAUACCACAUGACCGCCUCUGGGAAAAUGAAGUCUAUGCCGGCAUGGAGGCAGAUGAGGGAAAUGAUGCCUUUGGGCCCACAAAUUCUCCAGUUGCCUUGCCCACCUCUGGGUCUCAGCUGUGGGAAAUGGAGAUGACUGCAGCAGAAGCUUUGCACACUGUUAAUACGACUUCAAGCCAGAGACAUGCAGUCACAGGACCUAGUCUUCUGGUUGCCAACCCUGCAAUGGAGAGAGAGCAGUCUACAGACACAGUACCUUCCAUCUAUGGCUCCAACAGCUCAAUGUUAAAACCUGCACAGCUGAAAACCAAGCUAGAGACUACAACCUCCACGGAGACUAAGCAAACAGUUGCCGAAGACAGCCAUGGAAGUACACAAAAAGGAAGUGGUGGACAGUUUGUGAAAUAAACAUUCCAAACAGUA